GCCUCUGUUGGGUUGAUUAUAUCUCUGCUAGUUUACUAAGAGGAGCACCCCCGUUGCUAGCAGGUAUGCAACACUCUUAUCCCUCUAGAAGUGUUACUGUCUGUAACAAGGUCAUUAUUAUUCUGUUCUACUAUAAUUUUGCUUCAUGUGAUACUGUCGUGUAACAUUAUGUACCCGAAGAUUAUGUUUUUGUUUUAACUUACCUUGUUUUACAGAAAAACUGAAAUGGGUUCCAAUGAAAGUAAUUAUUGGCGUACAAUCCUACAUGAGUUUUUGAAAAUGUAGCUUGUUUGAUGUUGUGGGUUUUCUUUUGCUCGAUUUGUAUCCAAAACUGCGUUAGAGGCUUGCGUGGUUUAGCCAAAAUUGAAAUCAGAUUUUAGCAAUUUAUUUAGUUUACUCGUUAAUUUUUGGCUUUAUUCUAGCUUUUUUGAUAUCGUGUCCCUUGUGUAGCUAAGAGUUACAGUUUUUCAUUUUCUUACUUUGAUCAUUUAUCUUUACAUGCUAAGGACCUUGUAAAAUUUUGUUAGUUUUAAAUGUCUCUCUUUGUUUUGCAUAGUAUAUGAGGAAUUGAAUACGCUUAAUUUAAUUUUGUAGAGACAAGAUGGCCGUUCCUUUGCUAAGCAAGAAAAUUGUGAAGAAGCGUGUCAAGAAGUUCAAGAGGCCUCAAAGUGACCGGAAAAUUUCAGUGAAGACCAACUGGCGAAGGCCUAAGGGUAUUGAUUCACGUGUAAGGAGAAAGUUCAAAGGAUGUGUUUUGAUGCCAAACAUUGGUUAUGGUUCUGACAAGAAGACCCGUCACUAUCUACCUAAUGGUUUCAAGAAGUUUGUUGUCCACAAUGUCAAGGAUCUGGAACUUCUCAUGAUGCACAACAGGACAUACUGUGCUGAGAUAGCACACAAUGUAUCGACCAGGAAACGAAAGGAGAUUGUAGAACGUGCUGCGCAGUUGGAUGUUGUUGUUACCAACAAACUGGCUAGGUUGCGCAGCCAAGAAGACGAGUGAGUGCAGUUGCCAUGUCAAAUUAUUUUGCUUUUAUCCUUUAAUCUAUGGACUUGGCAGAUUCAGAAUGAUUGUGUUAUGUUAUAGUUUGGAUCAAGAGCUUUUAGCGUUGACUAAUUGAGUUAUAAUUUGUUUGAGUCGUUCAUAUUUAAAGUUGUGCUUUCUUCCUUUAUCCACGCUAUUUGAUAAAACAUUACGCA